UUUACGACCAAAACCAUUCUUCUAAAAUGCUCUGACGUCAGUCACUAGUCUCCACCGGGUACGGUUUAUGCACUAGAGCACCAGCGAGAAACAAGUCAGAAGCCUACAACAAUGUCUCCUAAACCCCGCCUAGAUGGAAAGGUCGCUAUCGUGACAGGAGGCGCGUCGGGUUUCGGUCGCGGCAUCGUAGCCAAAUUCGCGGAAGAAGGUGCAAAAGUCAUCAUUGCCGAUCUCUCGGAAGAAGCUGGACAAGCAGCGGCUCAAGAGUUAUCGUGCAAAUUCGCGAAAGCGGAUGUGACUAAACGAGAAGAUUGGGAACAUCUUCUUAAGGAAGCUUUGGAUACUUACGGUCAGCUUGAUAUCGUGGUGAACAAUGCCGGCGCCACGUACGUCAAUAAGCCUACCGAAGAUGUGACCGAGAAGGAUUUCGACCUCGUCAUGAAUGUCAAUGUCAAGUCGAUCUACAUCUCAACCAACGUUCUUCUACCUUAUUUCUUAGAGAAGAAAAGGCCUGGUAGUUUUAUUCAAGUGGCUUCUACCGCAGGUGUUCGACCACGUCCGAGACUUACUUGGUAUAAUGCCUCCAAAGCUGCUGUUAUCAAUGCCACAAAGACAAUGGCUGUCGAAUAUGGACCCCAAAAGAUUCGGUUCAACGCAGUCUCUCCAGUAGUGGGAAGCACGGGAAUGACGCAUCUUUUUAUCGGAAAACCAGACACAGCCGAGAAUCGCAAGGCUUUCGAAUCUGUAAUACCUCUAGGGCGAGGCUCUACGCCAGAGGAUGUCGCCAACGCUUGCUGUUACUUGGCUAGUGAGGAGGCCGUCUUCAUCACGGGAAUCAAUAUCGAAGUUGAUGGGGGGAGGUGUGUCUAGGGAAUUUCUCUUAUGAAGUUAACGAUCUCGAUACCAACUAGGUUAUCAAUGAUGGUUUGCGCGAAUAUAAACGAUCUUUCGGUCCGAAGAUAUGACGAGAUUAAUUCCGUGAUGACGUUCUCAGCUAAGUUUCUUGUCGGUGGUGAUGACUUGGUGUCUAGUUCAUAUAUUCUCACGAGAUAACGAAAAUAGAAUCAUCUCUUGGUAUCAUGAAAAGUCUUUGGCAUUAGUCCAUUCUUCCCAUUCUGUC